AUGGUAAUAGAAAAUAUUAGUGAUCAUGGUCGAAUUGGUUUACUUUGGAGUCAGCGAGACAAUCUUUAUGUUGGCUAUCUGGAUUUUGAAGAUGAAAAAAAAGAAUUUAUCAAUACUCUUACUGCACAUGAAAUUAAUAAAAUACUCUUUCAACUUGCAGCUAAUCUUGAAUGCAUCAAUAUUCAUACUUUUGGAUCUAUUUGUGAUGCAACAAACCUUGAUCGUAGUAAAUUUACAGUACAUUUACUGGACCCAUCUUUUUCUAACGAAAUGCAAGUUGAUCGUAAUUUAUUAAGACCACCAAUGCCUAUAAAACAGAAUUGGAUAAUUGAUGAUCUCUGCAUUUUCUUACAUUAUUGGUUGGGUACUCUUCGAAUUGCUUAA